UCUCAGCGUGCUGCGAAGCCCGUCGGCCAUGAGAAUCUAUUACCUUCUCUUCGUGUUGCCCUUCCUGUUCUUGAUGCCUGUUCCAGGAAAUGGAGGAAUUAUAAGCCUCCUGCAGAAGCAGUUUUGCAGCUUAAGAAGCGGCCGCUGUGCUGUGCUGGGCUGCCUUCCAAAGGAAGAACAGAUCGGCCGAUGCUCUCUCAGUGGCCGAAAGUGCUGCCGAAGAAAGAAAUAACAAAUCCAGAUACCCGA